AAUUACGGAGAAGUCAUAUAUGUCACCAAAGGAAAGGUGUUAGCCUGGGGGGGGACAGCAAUUCUCGAACUGUUGCCCUCUGGCGCUGUCAUGAAGACCCCCAUUCCGAAUCCAUACUGCCCACCGGAAGAGCAGGACCAUCGCCGGAACAUGCGUCUCGAAGCUCGAAUAUAUUCCAUGAUUGGGGAACAUCCACGCGUACCCAAGUUAAUCCACUGGGAAGAUGCAACGUGCUGUCUGACCAUGGAAUAUUUGGCCAACGGAAAUCUCAAGGAAUACAUUCAACAGAACCACGGUAAUAUAACCCUUCAGCUUCGUCUCCGGUGGGGGAGACAGGCUGCGGAAGCACUCAUGAUGCUUCACAGUCUUAACGUUGUACACUGUGAUCUUUUGCCGAGGAACUUUCUCUUGGAUUUACACCUCAAUUUAAGGAUCGCGGACUUCGGCGGGGCUUCAUUGGGGGGCUCCGAUCCAUCAGCUACUCCGGCAACAAGAUUUCGACAGCCCGGUUACGAUUGGGAUGUUCCGCCAGUAUUCAGUGAUGAUCUAUUCAGUCUAGGGUCAUUGAUUUAUUUCAUAAUGACGGGCUCUUAUCCAUAUGAGGAGGUAGCAAGCAACGAGGUCGAGAGACUUUAUGAAGCUCAGCAAUUCCCCGAUGUAUCCGCUCUUGUCUGCGGAGCUCUUAUCAUGCGAUGUUGGCAGCAGCAGCAGCAGCAGCAGCAGCAGGUGGUGGUUUCGGCUGAAGCUAUCCACGACUGCCUUUUAACGAUUGAAGGAGAGUGUCGGUUAUAG